AUGAUUUUGACAUUUGGCGUAUUCAAUCAACAAAAACAUUUGGAAUUUCAGGAAAAACACCAGUUUUUACGUAAUGGAUCACUCAAUUUAUUAAUUUUAUUAAAAAGAAAAUGAAACCGUGUAUUAAUCAAUUUGUUUAUUUGCAAUGUAGAAACCCAGUUAAAUUAUAUUACAACUUAGUUACAGUAAGAACAUUGAUCGCCAAAUCAAACGAGAAGAAACUCCAAGAAUGCUAUCAACUAUUGAACAUACCGGUGGAUUCCAAACAAGAUGCAGUCCGCGAAGCUUUCCUGCAGCUGGCAAAGAAGUACCACCCGGAUUCCGGAUCACCAGAGGCAAAUAUGGACAAAUUUGUUGCAGUAGAAAACGCCUUCCGAGUUCUAACCAAACACAACACUGGAGCAUCAAAUAACAAAGAAAUCGAAAAGAUUGUGUAUGAUAUUCGGCACACAGCUCCUCAACAUCGACAAUAUUUGAGCUAUGAAGGUAUUGGCCACGGCACUCCAUCCCAGCGGCAGAAACAGUGGGCCCAAGCGAAAGCCCAGAGAGCUGCAAACAAUGUAAUGGAACACCGCAUAGCAAAAGCUGUUGCUUCUGACAACACACUCAUGAAAAAAGGACAGCAAUAUUAUGGAAAGAAACAUGACAUCAAAACUAAGUAUGGGUUUGACAGACUUGUUGAAGAUCUCAUACAAGAAUCCAUGUCAAAAGGUGAAUUUGAAAACUUGAGUGGAAAAGGGAAGCCUUUGAAGGACCAAAACAGAAAUCCUUAUGUAGACUUUACUACACAUAAGUUAAAUGAGGUGCUUAUAAACAAUGGCUUCACACCUGAAUGGAUAACAAUGAGCAAAGAAAUUGAUCAAGAUAUUGAAUUCUUAAAGAGAGACAUCAAGAAUGACAGAAUGGUAUUAGGGCCAUUCCCCCUCAAUGAAAUAGAUGAGCCAAAGUGGCACAGGAUUUGUGAUGACUACAGAGAAUUUGUUAAGACAUUAAAUAGCAAAAUUAAUAAGUACAACUUAAUAGUACCUCUUAUAAACAGGCAGAAGUUUUAUGUAGAAAUAGACAAAAUACUUGAUGACAUCUUGAAGAAUGGACCACAUUCAAUGAAACCAGUAGAAGCAGAGAAUAAAGUGGAAUACAAGACAGUAAUAGUGGAAAGUGAGGAUUUGUUUGGCAUACUCCUGAAAGCCUUUGAAGAUGUAUUCACUAUAGGAAGAGAUAAAAAAAGCAGCCAAGAUAAGGAAAAGUUAAGAAAAGAGCAGUCUUGAAAUAUGAAAGUUUUUUUGUAAUAAGUACUGAUUGUACAAUCAGGUGGAAAUAUAUUUUCUUGAAAAUGGCACCUGAUAUUUUAAAACGAAAGUGUUAAUAGGUAGUAAGCUAUAGCUAGACAAUUUUACAGUGAUCCUAUUUUCUGUGAUAAUCUAUAGUUUGAUGAAGAUUUUCGAUAUUUACAACAAAAAUAAAACAC